UACGCCAUGAAUCAUCUGAAUUUGGAGAUUAUCUGCUGGAGUUGCCUACUCCUUUUAAUAGCUACAAAAACCGAAGCGGCUUUGGUUUGGAAAUUGCCAACACCGGAGCAAGUGCACGAGGAUCUGGAAAACUGUCGCCAAGAAUCCCAAGACGAAGAUGCUGUCACCUUAAGAUGUUUGGUGAAAAAACUGGGACUCUGGACAGAUGAGAGUGGCUACAAUGCCAAGCGGAUAGCAAAGAUCUUCGCUGGACACAACCAAAUGGAGGAACUAAUGCUGGUGGUGAAUUACUGCAACCGCAAGGAGGAGCGAAGAGCCCAAUUGGAUGACUGGGCUUACCUUGCCUACAGGUGCGCCACUUCCGGUCAGUUUGGCCAUUGGGUCAAGGGUUUCAUGGGCCGAAAAGAAAUAAAAUAAAUCUUGUUUCAAGAUAAAACUCAAGUGGGGCUUUUUAACAUAUUGUGAUCAAAAAUUAUUAUACUUCAAUUAGUAACCAAGCAGAGCAUUUUCUAAAAUUCUCACAUCAAAAUAUUUUGCCUCGUUCCUAUUCAAGUAUUUAGCUUUUUAGAGUUUUUAAUGAGAGAAUUUGAAAGUGAACCUAUAUGUAAUCUUAAUAAGAACGCCUCGAUCGUUCUUAGGAUUAAUCAGCAUCAACGGAUUCAAAGAUUUUAAAUACAUUUGAAAUACAUUCGAAAUUAAAAAAAAAAUCGCUUUUCGACGAUUAGAUUCUCAACAUAAGAUUCCAUAUUAAGGGUCUAUAAAAUUGUUUCAUUCACAAAUUAAUGGAGAAAUUGGUCAU